UGCUAGGGCUAGCGAUUUAAGAAGGCGCGAAUGUCGCAUUGGCAAUUGCCGCUACAAAUAUGACACUUUCACCUUGAUGCCCACAUCGGUUCAAAUGGGAGUGAACCCCUCGAUCUUCCCUUCAUCCUAAAUUCCACCGUUUAUGUACUAUCAUCCAUUAUGGCAGUUCUAGAUGCCAUAGGGCGUGGGACGGGAUCUCCUACUAUCUCCCUACUCGUCUUUUCCUGUGUUCUAUUCGUCAUUUACGUAUGCUACCACACGUAUCAGCGUCGCGUCCCCUCAAACGCUCCACCAACAGUCAAGGGCGACAUUCCACUCACGGGGGUUUGGGAUUUCUGGACAAGACGAUGGGACUUUUACAAACAGGAAAUAGACAGAGCACCGACGGGAAACUUUAGCUUCCAUGCGGGCCCGAAUACAUUGGUUGGGCUCUCUGGUGAGAAAGGCCGGAAACUCUUCUUCGAAAGCAAAGAGCUCGGAUUUACGCAAGGUUAUGCUGUGCUGUUUGGUUCAUCGCCAGAAUUGAAGGACCACGACGAUAAAGAGGGCAUAGAAGACGACACGAAUAACCACUUCCACAAGCGUAUCACACAUCUCCUCAAAAACGAACAAUUCAGAAAGAAACUACCCACUCUCAAAUCCGAUGUGCAAGAAGCAAUCGAGGCAAUUCGGAACGAGCCCAGCGGCGUGACAAACCCCUUCGAGAGUCUCUAUCGCAUUGUGUUCCGUUUGACCAUCCGCAUGGUCGGCGCAGACGAAAUUGCUGAAGAUCCACAAUUGCUCGAAUCCUGCUUGAAAUACUUCGAGAUGAUCGACCAAAGCGCCACCGCGGCCUCCGUCAUGUUUCCCAAGUUUCCCUCUCCUGCUCUUCUCAAGCGAACCUACGCUGGCGCUCAGCUCUACAGGAUGGUGCAGGGACUGGUCAAAAAGAGAGCGGACAGUGGCGAGAAGCACGACGAUGCCCUCCAGUAUAUGCUCGAUCAGGGCGACCGCAUGUUCAAGAUCAUCGAAUUCAUCGUUGGCGCGCUAUUCGCUGGUCUACUUAACAGUGGUAUCAAUGCAGCGUGGGUAAUGUGCUACCUAGCUACAUCUCCAGAGUGGCUUGCAAAAACCCGAGAAGAGGUCCGCCGCACGGCAGCUAAGUACGCCACUGACCCGAGCGCCCCGCUCUACGUCCAACUUAACGAUGUACCACUCGAGGCAUGGGAGGCGGAAUUUCCUCUCAUCGACAUGUGCCUUCGUGACUCGAUUCGUCUGAAUCUUCUCGGGACCGCCUUCAGGAAAAACAUAUCGGGCAAGCCCAUCCCCACAGGUCAUGGUGACGAGGUCAUCCCUCCUGAUGCUUUCAUAACUUAUGCAUUGGGCGACAUUCACUACGAUCCCAACAUCUAUCCCGACCCGCACAAAUGGGAUCCUGCAAGGCAUAUGCCCGACCGCGCCGAGGACAAGAAGGCACCUCACGCAUUCCUCGGAUGGGGAGUGGGACGACACCCAUGUUUGGGAAUGCGCUUCGCCAAGUUAGAGCAGAAUAUCAUCACCGCAUACUUCCUCGCAGCCUUCGACUUCACGUUGCAGGACGAGCAGGGGGUCACAAUGCACGAGGCACCGAAGGUCAACGUCAAUGGCCAUUCCGCCCAGAAGCCAUCGCCGCGGCAAUUCUUGAAAGUGAGACCGCUGGAAAAGUAGCUCCGUCUCUUCUCGAAGAAACAAUACCGCACCGAAGAUUAUAAUCCGUUGCCAUAUGUAAUGUUCUCCAUGUAGAAGAGCUUGAACAUUUU